GGACUACAUACGAUUUUUAGAUUUUUAUUACCUAUGUAUCCAUUGCUAGCAAAAUCAAAAUUGUAAAAAUUAAAUUAACAAGAUUAGUUAUUUUCCCUCUGUUCUAGACAAUUAAUAGAAUAGAAAUUGAAGUUAAGUUAUUUUGUGAAAAACAUGAAUGAACCAAGUUUUGAGGCGGAAUAAAAUGAUCUUGUUUGGAAACAACCUGGAAUCAAAAUGAUAACAAAAAAAAUUAUCCUGUAUCUACUGUGUUUAAUUAUUUCCGUUUCGACUACCCGUAUUCACGGAGAGUUUUCGACGGGAGAUUUCUUCAAGUUCUUAGUUAAAUUCGGCUUUCAAAAGACAGACAUUCACUACCAGAAGCAAACAUAUGGGUAUAUUUUUGGUAACAUUACUUCGAAUGAACAAUUCAAAUAUCCUAUAACAUUUGCGGUUUUGGAUCGAGAACAUUUUUUACAUUAUUAUAAAAAUCGACAUAUACCUAACAAAGAAGCAGCAUGUCAAGUAAUGUUUCAGCAUUUGAAUAGUUCUGCAUUUCACCCAAUAUGCAAUGGAAAGGGGCAAGAUUUGUUCAGGAGGAUACCUUGCCCUAAAGGCGACUUAUGCAUUGAUGAGGAUAUGCCCUGGAAUGUUGUGAAAAAUAAUCAGUUUACCUAUCUAAUCAUGAAUACAGGUCAACCAAGAUUCUGGUACAUCUCCAUGGUCUCUUGUUACUUGGAUGUGUCUGAUUGCUCAUGGCACCAUUACAAGGGGACACCAUCCAAAGACAACAAAACACUAACCGACAUACCCCAAAAGUUGCACUAUGACUUUUGGCUAGUGAAUGGGAGUCCCAAUUUGUCUUUAUACAAUACACUACUAUAUCAGUUCUCAUUUGAUCAGCAAAAUACACUUGAGGUGUAUUUGGUGUUUUGGUUGUUUUAUAUUAUAUUAUUGCCAGUACAGAUUUAUGCUGUUAGGACACAGAAGCAUCCGGUAACGAAAUUGUUUACAUUCAGUCUUGUGCUGGAGUUCAUAGCUUUCUGCUUCAACGUCCUGCACACUGUGAAGUUUGCAGCCGACGGGGUCGGAUUUCCUGAGCUCUCUGUGGCUGGCGACAUUCUGGAUAUUAUGAGCCGGACUCUAUUCAUGUUGCUGCUUCUGUUGCUGGCCAAAGGGUGGGCGGUCACGAGGAUAGAGCUUACUUACAAGCCUCUCGUGUUUGGAGUGUGGUUGGCUUACGGGAUCGUUCAUAUCCUACUCUAUGUUUGGAACACAACCGAAGUGGACAUCAUAGAAGAAAUUGAUGAAUACCAAACAUGGCCUGGCUGGCUGAUACUCACUCUGCGUGUAGCUAUCAUGUCUUGGUUCGUUCUCGAGCUUCGCAAUACGAUGAUGUACGAGCACAAUAUAUCGAAGCUAAACUUUCUGUUGCAUUUCGGCGCUUCGAGCCUCGUUUGGUUCGUGUACCUGCCUAUUAUUGCGCUCAUUGCGUUGCAAAUCAGUCCCCUUUGGAGGUUCAAGUUUUUAUUGGGCAUAACGUACUCGGCUGAUUGCCUGGCGUUCUGCGUGAUGGCACACCUGCUGUGGCCCACUCGCUCCGAACAGUACUUACUGCUCGCCCCAUCCGACUACACAGCGGGCAUAGAAGAGCUGGACGAAUUCAAUGAAUCCCCUCACGUGGUGCACAGCGACACUGUGGCGCUCACCUCAGAUUCUGUCAACGCUGACGAAGAAGACGUCAUAUUUACACGAGCGACGCUCAAGAAUGGAGUGUAUUCAUAGCAAUGUCUAAUGGAUUAAAGUGUGAAUACACGUUUUUUUAACCAACAUUUAGGUGACUUUACAAAUUUUAAAAACCCAGUAAAGAAUGGAACGUAGUUCAAAAUUAAAAUCACUUUAAAAAAAAACUGAGCAGAGUGCGAAGUGCGGGUUUGCAUUUGACUUCUCACUAUCGAAUCGAUUCGAAGUGAGACGCAGCGAACCAAUCACAUUGAGGUGUGGUUGACAUUGCGUCAUAAAGGCGCGCUGUGAUUGGUUAGCUGUGUCGCAAAUAGCAAAGUCGCACUACGCACACAUUAUACAUUAUAUGUUCAAAGACAAAUUAAAUGUUUCUAUGAUAGUUAAUGCGGAAAGUCAAAGUUAAUAUGUGUGUACUUUAUUUUGAACUACUUUUUGUACACGAACAAAGAUCAGUCUGGAAUCUGGAAUGUAAAAUUAGUGUCGUGUUAUGUGCCAACUUCUACGACCAUGCUGUUACUAUAGUUUGAAAUAGGACCACAGGUACUCAAAGUAGUGGUUUAGAAUAAAGUUGAUAUGAUGUUUUUGUCGUAGACGCAGACCAAAUGCGUGAAGUGUGCAUGACGUUGAUGCAGCCCGUUUGGCAUGUCUCAUAAAAUUCCGUACAAUACAACGUCACUGAUUUACAUUUGGUUUGGAUCUGCGGCUUUCGAAUUGAUGGAUCGAUUUCGAUUUUAGAUCUGUAUGGUUCGAAUUUAGGUAAUUGCACAAUUUCUAUAAUUCCUGUAUUGAUUAAGUAAAUACUAAAGCUUUGGUAAAAUAUGUGUAGCAGAUAUAUUUGUAUACAUAGUGUGAGUUUUCAAAUUCCAACUCGGUCGUCGAACCUUAUUGCCGGGGUCGGGCGCAGUCAACCAAUCACAUCACGGCGUUGUUGUCGUCACGUCAUAAUGCCACAUUGUGAUUGGUUAGCUGCGUCGAACUGCGAAUAGUUUCGACGAUCGAGAUAGACUGAAAACAAGUACUAUCGAAAUAUUUUUACACACAUAAGACAAAAGUUUAACUCAAUGAAUGCCUUAUACUAAUAAUGAGUUUAUUAAUCCCGCUUUAUCAAUAAUUGUACUAAGUAUGAAUUAUUACGUAAAAUCAAUGCACAAAUUUUACUUUUUCGUUUCAAAUAAGAAGAUUCAACGACGCCAUUGACGAUACACUGUAACGUUGCGAAUCCAAUAUGGCGUCGUUAUUUCUGUGUCUAGAAAGUUCUUCUGUCAUAGCGCUAAAUGAAAGUUUUGAUGUAAAUGCAGCGAAAUUCCGAAUACAAAUGACAAAGUGCCAAUUUGGAACGAACUAUAUGUUAAUUUACACUUAUUAAAUUAACUUAAAUGUCAGCUAGAUAGUAAAAAUUUUCCUUAUAUUUAAUACAAAAGUAAAGAAUUUAUUAAAGAGUUAAGAUUAUGAGAUAAAUGAGUUGUGCCUCGUAUGAUUUUGUAACAUCAUUGUUUGAUUUAAAUUUUAAACUUAUGUGUAUUACUGUAAUUCUUGUGACAUUGCUUUCGAUGUUAAUACCACUAAGUAUAAUUUUAAAAUACACACUUGAUUUUUUACAUACAAAAAA